GUGCUGGUACCGGACCUCUCGCCCUAUGCUUUCUCCACCUUCCACUCAACAAGAAGAAUAUUAAAAAACCCUUGUUUAACACAAGUAUAAGAGCAUAAGAGGUCCUCGACCCAUAUAUUUCCAGAAAUCCAGGAAGUCCCAAAUCUCUUUGAAGAUAAGAAGAUAAACCCAUGUCUCAAAUUUAAUCUCACCCUAAUCUCUCUACCGUAUUGGUUUUUCCUCAGUGUUUUGCAUGAGUUUUUGAGCAUAGUAAUUUUGUAAAAGUUGUUUCUCGAAACUGUUCAUUUGUUUGCUUUUGCUGUUUAUGGAGUACUACUUGAAGGAAGUGGAAGGCAAAAGGGUCCAUGAUCAUUUCAACAAAAACAUGGCUGGGACGACAACAAAGUGUGUAUGGGUGCCUGGACCGAUCGUGGUUGGUGCUGGUCCCUCGGGUCUAGCCACGGCUGCGUGUCUUAAACAAGGAGGCGUGCCUUGUUUGAUUCUUGAAAGGGCUGAUUGCAUAGCUUCCUUGUGGCAAAACAAGACUUAUGAUCGUCUCUCUCUUCAUCUUCCAAAGCAAUUCUGCCAGCUUCCUCUUUUUCCAUUCCCUGCAAAUUUCCCCACUUAUCCAACAAAGCACCAAUUCCUCGCUUACUUGCAGGCUUACACCACGCAUUUCGGCUUGGAACCUAUCUUCAACACCACCGUGGUGAGCGCCCAAUUUGAUCGCCGGUGUGGGUUUUGGCGGGUGAAGACAGUGGGACUAAAACAGGAGGAAACUGAGUAUGUUUGCCAAUGGCUAAUUGUGGCCACAGGAGAGAAUGCAGAGGAGGUUGUGCCGCAGUUUCCGGGAAUGAAUGAUUUUGGUGGGCCUAUAAUUCACACCAGCUCUUAUAAGAGUGGCGAAUUGUUUCGUGACAAGAAGGUUUUGGUCGUUGGCUGCGGGAAUUCGGGCAUGGAGGUUUGCUUAGACCUCUGCAACUACAAUGCUCAUCCUACCCUCGUUGUUAGAGAUUCGGUGCACGUUUUGCCGCAAGAGAUGGUAGGGAGAUCAACUUUUGGACUGUCCAUGUGGUUGCUAAAGUGGCUGCCCGUGCGUCUUGUGGACAGAUUCUUGCUUCUCAUGUCAGGCUUCAUGCUGGGGGAUACUGCUCGCCUCGGACUCAAUCGCCCAAAACUUGGCCCCCUUGCACUCAAGACCAAGUCUGGCAAGACACCUGUUCUGGAUGUUGGCACGCUUGCUAAGAUCAAAACUGGUCAUGUCAAGGUUUGUCCUGGAAUAAAGAGACUAAUGAACCAUGCUGUGGAAUUUGUCAAUGGAAGCGUAGCAAACUUUGAUGCCAUUAUUCUUGCUACAGGCUACAAAACUAAUGUACCCUUAUGGCUAAAGGAAACUGACAUGUUAUCAGAGAAAGAUGGAUUCCCAAAUGGGUGGAAAGGUGAACAUGGGUUGUAUGCAGUAGGCUUUACAAAACGUGGCCUGCUCGGUGCCUCCAUUGAUGCAAAAAGGAUCGCACAAGACAUCCAUCACUACUUCUGGAAAGCUGAGGCCUCGUCUUUCAUGGCUUUCCCCACUCGCCCACCACCCUAAAAGACCCUCUGCCUCUACAUGCUUAAAGAAACCCGUACACUCGACUUUCUCCCAAGCUUUUAUAAAAAUGGUUGCUCA